AUGCCCCCAAACUCCACGCUUCUCCUAAGCUCAUUCCAAAAGUUGCCCCGCCUUCGGCUCCGGAACUCCAUCCUCAACAGCAGCACCCCGCCAUCGUCUUCCCGGUCUUGCGCCUUUGGGUCUUUGUGCUCACCUACUACACCGACGACAUCGACGAAUACUACCCGCCGAGUAGCCAUCUACGACACACGGCGACAACAACCAUCCCAAAACCGCCGAUUCUUCGCAACCGGCGCCGAUCGUCAAGGACGAAACGUAGUACUACUCGGACAAGAAGUGGGCGUCGAGAGAAUCACAGACGAAAUGGCGGACCGGAUUCACCGCGUGACCAUGUUCAAGAUUGCCGACGAGGGGCAACAGAAGCAGUUGAUUGAGCAGUACAAGAUUUUGGGGGGCUCGCAUAAGAAGGACGGAAAGCCGUACAUCCUCUCCAUGGUCGUCGGACCGGCCGUCGACGACCCGCGAGCCCAGGGCUUCACCAUUGUCGCAAAGACCGAGUUCGCCUCGCUCGAGGACAUGAAGUACUACGACGACGAGUGCGCCGCUCACGGCGUUCUCAAGUCCUUUGUCAAGGGCAACCUCACCGUCGGCGGCGUUAUGUCCGUCUACUUCAAGCCUGAGGCCGUCUCCGUCUUGUAG